GGUGCGAUUGAAUGAUAAGAUUCCACGUUCCCCAUAUCAUCAUUUGCUUUUCUCUUCUCUUUUUCUUUCCUCACAUCCACACCAUACAACAUCAUACGACAACCACCACCACAACCACCACCACAAAUAACAUCGUCAUUAUAUCCCAAUUCACCUCCCUCGCCUCUUUAUUCGUUUCAGCAAAGAGCCAAUCAAUUGCCACUUGCAGACACAACAACAAGUUUCAGACGCCUCAUUACCUCAUACCUCAUCCUUUCCAUAUACUAUUCCAGCUCCUGCGCGUUCUCUCUCACGUGAUAUCCGAGUAGACAGAAAGCCUCUCUCUUCUAUUUCCCACCUCUUCUACAACUUUUCUUUUCUUUCGUGAUACCCCAAUACCCCGAUACCCCCAUAUUAAUCAAUAAAUCGCAACCAUGUCUGUCAACGUGCCUGUCAACGAGGCCCAGAAGGAGAAAGAUAUUAAUCGUAAAUUACAACUCUACGGCAUUUACCAAGCUUUCCAAGCUGGAAAGGUUCCAUCUAAUAACCAAAUCGAUGUUGCCCUCAACAGUUUCCUCGAGUCAAAGGCCCUCACAUCACCAUCCAACAGGCUUUCCAAGGAGGGUCAAGAAUUAGCCCAACAGUUUCGUUCUGUGGUCGAACAGGCGAAACUCCUUCUUCUCACUAAGAACCAAGACGAACUAUUUCAAGACUUUGUUUGGCAAUGCGAGCGUCUUGAUGGCGGAGCAGCAGCCGUCCCAGGAGCUCCUGUUGAUCAGGCAACUGCUCAACAGCAUGGCCAAGAGGCAAAAGGAGGCCUCAAGACUCUUGGCCAAUUGAUUUUAACCAAUGGACAAUUCCGCAAGCUUUUGAAUGAUGCUGUCAUCCUUUUACGCGAUAUUGCUGGUGACGCUGCUACUAAUGCCGCUGCCAGGCUUAACCCAUCUGAAGAUCAAUUGAGUCAAAUUGAUCGUCCCGCCGAUGACAAUACCUGGCAUGAAAAUCCAAACAUUUCAGCUGGUAAUAUGAAAACUCAGAUGAAGCAAAAAUUCCAAAAGAAUCAACCUAUUGACAAAAACGAUGUCAAGGAAGCCGUUGGCGACGCUAAUCAACAAGCUCACCCAAGUGGAUCUCGUGAUCCAGCGGAUACUGUUCAAUUGGCUGGCCGUGAUCAACAAUACAACACUGCCUCUGGAAUCGAUGGCGAAGCUGGUGCUCAAGCUGGUGCCAAUACCUUGAAGCAACGUGCGUCUGAGAAUAUUCCAGAGGAGACCAAGGAACGAGGCCGCGAGACGAGAGAUAGAACCAAGAACUACCUCCAACAAAAAUUGCCAGAGGAGCGUCGUGACAACCUCAUCCACAGACUUAAGAAGAUGGUUGUGGAAAUCCAAGGCCAUCCAGAUUAUAUGCAAUCUAUCGACACUCUUCUCGAUUUAGCCGAGCAGUAUGGAGGACAUGCACACACUCUGGGCCAAUCCGGAUCUGGUGCCGUGAAAGGUGCACAUACCGACAACGCUCUAAAGACUGCCGAGAUUGAUUUGAAAACACUCAUUGAGCGUUUUGCAAAUUACACAUCAAGCGAUGAUCUAAUCGAUUCCAUCAACGCUAUCUACCGAGAUGCUGAUGCAGAUCCAGAGUUGAAGAAAUGGUUCCAGCAGAUGAACGCCUUCGUUCGCAAGUGUCUCAAGGAGCAAGGUUAUAUUCUGGAAGACAGCACCACUCAACACUGGAACGAACUUUACGACAGAGGCAACUUUCUUCUCAGAGAUCGCUACAGACCUCAUACUAAUCGCAUCAUUGAUGAGAUUAAAUUCUUCGGAAACGAGUUUGACAACGAUGAACAGAACAAGCGAUUUGCAGAAACCUGCCAAAAGUUCUUCAAAGCAUUGGGCCACGACAGUAGUGGUAACAUUCAAUUCAAGACGCAUUUGCUCAUGGACCUAUCCAAUGUCAUCAUUCCUGCAGCUCUCGAAAGAAUCCGAUACACGCCAAUUCCAAGAAUCGAGUACAGAGAUGGACAAAAAAUGGAGAUUGUCAUCGAGAAUCUUGUAAUUGAGAGUGAUAAUCUCAUGCCCAACUUGCUCGAUAUUCAACAUGAAAGCUCCUUUAGAUUCGGCCGCAAGGGUUUCCAUAACUCUCAGAAAGGCUCAUUCUUCAUUGCAGUUCAAGGCAUCCAGAUGGAUUUGAAAGAUAUCUCUUAUUAUAUCAAGAGAUCUGGCGGUCCUUUCAACCACGACGAGGGCAUUCUUGAUAUUUUCCUCGGAGGUAGUGGACUCAGUUUUGACAUCAAAUUGACUGCAAUCAAUUCGGGAGAGAAGGGUCGUCAAAACUUCUUGAGGUGUGACAGCGUCAAAGUUAACAUGAAGAAGAUGAAGCUUAAGAUCAAGCAAUCAAAACACAAGGGGCUGCUCACUGUUGGAAAGUCGUUGGCGAUGAAACCUCUCACAAAAGCUGUUUGUAAGGCUAUCGAGUUGGCCAUCAAGCAGAAGGUUGAAGAAGCCGAUGGAUUCUUAUUUAGAAUCAAGCAAGAAGCCGAUCGCGCUCAAAAGGAGGCCGCCCAAAACCCAGAGAAUAUCCCCAACAUUUACAGACAAUAUCUUUCUGCUUUCCAACGACAAAUGACCAAGGGAGAAGAGAAGGCACAAAAAGCACAAGCAUCUGUGGCAGAUAAGCAAUUCAAUAUGCCUAUGACAAUGGACGAUUCGAUUAUGCCCCAUGUUAUCUUGCCAGGUGGAAUCUCGGCCAAGGCAACAGAGCAUAAGAAUAAUGCUAGACAAGGUGCCGAUUGGAGAUCAGCUGUCUUUGAUUUUGGGCAUGCGAAGGCAUCUACAAGUCUUCCGCAACCAAAAGAAAUCUCAAGGAAACCACACUCCGUUACUCAAGGGGGCGUAAGAGGUCCACAGAACACAGGUAACACCAGUACUCAAGGUGUUCAACAAGGCUAUGGUCAACAAGGUUAUUCUCAAGGGACUGGCCAAGACUAUGGAAAACAAGGAUAUGGCCAGCAAAACUUUAAUCAACAAGUUGAUGCUGCUUUCGAUAACACCGGUGCAGGUGUACUUCCUAGCACUACUGGCGUUAAUAUUUUACAAGGCCAAAGUGCCAGCAAUGGUGCUAUUGGCAAUGGCGUUUCAAACCAAAAGAAUGUCCUUCCUGCUAAUGGAAAUACUCAAUUGGGAUCCGACAAUCCAGUCUUCCAAGGUAGAGUUUAAUUAACUCGAUCGAUGCAAAUGCAUAAUAUCUUUUUCCUAUGUUUCGGGAAUGGAAUUGUUUCCUCAUAAGAUACCACUACAGCGGAUAAUACUAAUGCAUAUUUGGGGGUUGGUUGGGUUAAAAAAAAAUACAAAACUGGAAUGGAUGGAGGAUGGAGGAUGGUUUCAUUUGUUUUUUUCUUUACUUGUUUGCAUGGGCUUCACUUUGAUACCUGAUUGAUUGAUUUAUUUGCUUCUUAAUUACCAAUUAAUUGGCAGUCGAAAGAUACCAUAGCGUUUUAUUAUUGGGCUGGGUGGUGGAAAGAGAAUCAUGAAUGAGGAUUGACGAUUGUUCGUUGAAAGAUGGACGCAGCCAUGAAUUAUGAUGAUGUGAUGGAUGGGACAGGACGGAACUUCUUUGCGCUAUACUUGGGGUUCAAAACAGCGAUUUCUCUCGUGUCAUUAAUAAUGAAGAUACUUCAAGCGAUUACA